UUGGUUUCCCCUUUUUGUUCCUCACAUGUUUCAUGUUUGGGAGGCAAACAUGGCAGCGCCUUCGACGGAAGUCCAGAUUGUUCCUGCCAAAAAGGCCACAGUCCGAGGACCACGGCGGGUAGCCAAUCAAAUUCCGGAUGAAAUCCUGCAAGACUCCGAGUUACAGGAGGCGAUCAAAGCCCUGCCUGCAAAUUACAACUUUGAGAUCCACAAGACAGUUUGGCGAGUGAGACAAGCCAAAGCUAAGAGAGUGGCUUUGCAGCUUCCAGAGGGCCUGCAGAUGUUUGCCUGUGUCAUCGCCGACAUCAUCGAGAGGUUCACAGAGGCAGAUACCAUUGUGAUGGGAGACGUGACAUACGGGGCCUGCUGCGUGGACGACUUCACCGCCCGAGCCCUGGGAGCUGAUUUCAUGGUGCACUAUGGACACAGUUGCCUCAUCCCCAUAGACUCCACAGCAGGUAUUAAGAUGCUGUAUGUGUUUGUGGAUAUCCAGAUGGACAAUGCACACUUCCUGGACACGGUCAAGUUCAACUUCCCUCCUGGACAAUCUCUGGCGCUCGUCAGCACUAUUCAGUUUGUGGCAGCGCUGCAGGCGGUGAGUGCAGCCCUCAAGCCAGAGUAUGACGUGCUGGUCCCUCAGUGUCGACCUCUGUCACCAGGAGAAAUUUUGGGCUGUACCUCCCCUCGCUUGGACCGCCAUGUCAACGCCAUAAUUUACCUGGGAGAUGGAAGAUUUCACCUGGAGUCGAUCAUGAUUGCAAAUCCAGAUAUCCCUGCCUACAGAUAUGACCCCUACAGUAAGGUUUUCUCCAGGGAGUACUAUGACCAUGAGGCCAUGCGUGCGUUAAGGCUCCAGGCUAUUGACAAGGCUCGUUCAGCCCAGAGAUGGGGCCUGAUCUUGGGUACGCUUGGCCGUCAGGGCAGCCCCAAAGUCCUGGAGCACCUGGAGUCAAGGCUACAGUCACUGGGCAAGUGCUUCACUCGAGUCCUCCUGUCUGAGAUUUUCCCCAGCAAGCUGGAUCUUAUGGCAGAUAUAGAUGCGUGGGUCCAAAUUGCUUGUCCACGCCUUUCUAUCGAUUGGGGCACUGCCUUCUCCAAACCCCUGCUGUCUCCGUAUGAGGCAGCUGUAGCUUUACAGGAGGUAAGCUGGAAGGAGGUCUACCCCAUGGACUUCUACUCCAAUCAAAGCCUGGGGCCUUGGGCGCCCAACCACCCUGACAACCAGCCUGUGCGGCCCACUCGCAGACAAGCCCAGAAGCAAGGCUCAGAGCCAGCUCUUCCUACCAAGCAGUGUGGGCAGACCCAGUGCGCCCCCUGUGGCUGUCAAGGAGAAUGACACAUCAUGACCACCGCUGUCUUUGACUCGUCUCCUGCCCGCCAGUGCCUCUGCCUCUGUCAACAGCUGGAAGGAGGUCAGACCAGAGGAGGACAGUGGGUAUUUGUCCAGACAGUCUAUCAGAGAGCAGAGCUAAAGCCAGAGGAGCCCUCAGCCGCUCCUCAAAUGGAUUACCAGCCAUAAAUAAUCCCUCAUCUUACAGCACAGCAGAUCAAACCAAAUUCAUUCCUCUUAUUCACAUUUUUGGCAUGUAUGCUGAGCUCAAAAUACAUGCAACACAGAGAAUAGCUUUUGUGUUUGAGAUCACACAUGUUCGUGUGAGUCAAAUGUCCAUGAAAGCGCUGCUCUCUGUUGUGCUAAGAAAGGAAUUCCUCCUGCACAGGGGAAAUGUGUGGGCCCUUCUGUAAUUCAGACACGGCUUUUAUUAUUGUUACAGACACAGAGUGUGCGAGAUGCCCUUGAACACGUUGUAUAGAAUUUGUCUGUUAAUGUGGGUGGCCUUAGUCAAAUGCAACCCUCUUGUCCUUGGAUAAAGCGCUGCAUGUUGUUGGACACUUCAAGUAAGUUUCCCUUCAUGCUGUAUUUCAAAGACAGCCACAGAGAUAUUGCAUGAAGCCCUUUGUUUGAUGUACAGUAUGUGACUUUUCAUAAAAGUACUCUACUGAAAUGUGCAUAGUAAAAGUGAGAUACAUUAUGACACGACCUUGUUCCUCUUCCUCGGUUUUCCAGCCUAAUUCGGAAACAAUAAAUUGGAAGCAGAAUCCUUGUGUGAGUGUUUUUGAUAAACGCUGUUCCAUGCUGAAGCGAGGAGCUCGUUUUUAAGGCUGAGGAGGAUGAAUUCCUAGAUGCGUGCAGUGCUAGUCACGACUGCUCUCUAUCCUCAUUAUUUAUUGAUGGAGGAGUCUGUCAAUAAAUAAAUAAAUAAAUAAACACACACACACACACGCACACUAUUGCUGUUCGGUUACCGCAGAAGAAACUGAUUGACAGCAGCAUACCAUGGCCUCAGCUGAUCCUGAGAACUUGUGAACCUCCCCCAGGUUGCAGCACAUUGUGUCAGGUGUGUAUGAUUUCCUGUGAGUUUUGUUUUUGCCUACAACUACUAGUCUUCUCUAGUCAGAUCCUCUCUCUACACCAUCGUAUCUCCUUGGCAACAGAGGCCAGUGUGAUACAGCCCGUCCCGCCAGAUGUCUCGUGAUGUUUCUCACGUGUCCGACUAGUGGCUGUUAUUAUGAAGAGCUCAGUACUUGCCACAGUACAGUGUGUGAUCCACAGCAGUCAGGAAUAUAUUAUUGGGCAGCAGAGCUCUCAGCUGAUGUCAGCUGAUGUUUGAUUUAGUUUUUGGCGCACUGUUUUAAUCUCACAGCCUAAAGAUUUGUUUUCCUUUAAGUAUUAAAUACUGAUGUAAGCAUCAGUAAAAGAGGAUGUUUUUCAAAAAAUGUCCUCACAGGAAAGGCACACCUUUUGUGUGGAUUUAAACUACUUUAGACUCUACAGAUGGAACUAAUGGGUAUUAUCUGAAUUUAAGUGAAAUAGGGCCCUUAUUACAUUGCUAUAAGACAUCUCAAUACUUUGAUGUAUACCACUGUAAAAUGUUUUCAU